AUGCAGGGCAAAGAGCUCGACCGGCAACCAUCCUGCGCUCACUCGCUCCCCCCGCGCGCACUCGCUCCCCCAGCGCGCAUUCGCUGCACGCGCACACUCGAUCCCCCCGACUCGCUCCCUCCGCGCGCACUCGCUCCCUCCAUGCGCGCUCGCGCCCCCAGCGCGGAUUCGCUUCCCCCGCGCGCACUCGCUGCCUCCGCGCGCACUCGCCCCCCCCCCGCGCGCACUCGCUCCCCCCGCGCGCACUCGAUCCCCCCGCGCUCGCUCGCUCCCCCCGCGCGCACUCGCUCCCUCCGCACGCACUCGCUCCCCCAGCGCGCAUUCGCUCCCCCCGCGCUCACCCGAUCCCCCCGCGCGCAACCAUCCACCCUUGUCACACUUCCUCCUCUCCCAUUUCCCCCCUCCCUCUCCUCACUCCCGCAAUCCCUCCCACCCUCCCUCACCCCUCACUCGCCCCUGCCUGCCCCAUGGCUCUCCCCAUCCCUUGGUGCGCAACUCACAGGGGCGGAGGUGGAACAUAAUCUUCUCCGUCUUCGAGCUGUACCAGAUCAAGGUGCGCCCCCCCCCUGCCCUGCUGCCUCCGCUGCCUCUGCUCCCUCUGCCCACUCUGCUGCCUCUGCUCCCUCUGCCCACUCUGCUGCCUCUGCUCCCUCUGCCCACUCUGCUGCCUCUGCUCCCUCUGCCCACUCUGCUGCCUCUGCUCCCUCUGCCCACUCCGCUGCCUCUGCUCCCUCUGCCCACUCUGCUGCCUCUGCUCCCUCUGCCCACUCUGCUGCCUCUGCUCCCUCUGCCCACUCCGCUGCCUCUGCUCCCUCUGCCCACUCCGCUGCCUCUGCUCCCUCUGCCCACUCUGCUGCCUCUGCUCCCUCUGCCCGCUCUGCUGCCUCUGCUCCCUCUGCCCACUCUGCUGCCUCUGCUCCCUCUGCCCACUCUGCUGCCUCUGCUCCCUCUGCCCACUCCGCUGCCUCUGCUCCCUCUGCCCACUCCGCUGCCUCUGCUCCCUCUGCCCACUCCGCUGCCUCUGCUCCCUCUGCCCACUCCGCUGCCUCUGCUCCCUCUGCCCACUCUGCUGCCUCUGCUCCCUCUGCCCACUCCGCUGCCUCUGCUCCCUCUGCCCACUCUGCUGCCUCUGCUCCCUCUGCCCACUCCGCUGCCUCUGCUCCCUCUGCCCACUCCGCUGCCUCUGCUCCCUCUGCCCACUCCGCUGCCUCUGCUCCCUCUGCCCACUCCGCUGCCUCUGCUCCCUCUGCCCACUCUGCUGCCUCUGCUCCCUCUGCCCACUCUGCUGCCUCUGCUCCCUCUGCCCACUCCGCUGCCUCUGCUCCCUCUGCCCACUCCGCUGCCUCUGCUCCCUCUGCCCACUCUGCUGCCUCUGCUCCCUCUGCCCACUCCGCUGCCUCUGCUCCCUCUGCCCACUCCGCUGCCUCUGCUCCCUCUGCCCACUCUGCUGCCUCUGCUCCCUCUGCCCACUCUGCUGCCUCUGCUCCCUCUGCCCACUCUGCUGCCUCUGCUCCCUCUGCCCACUCCGCUGCCUCUGCUCCCUCUGCCCACUCUGCUGCCUCUGCUCCCUCUGCCCACUCCGCUGCCUCUGCUCCCUCUGCCCACUCUGCUGCCUCUGCUCCCUCUGCCCACUCCGCUGCCUCUGCUCCCUCUGCCCACUCUGCUGCCUCUGCUCCCUCUGCCCACUCCGCUGCCUCUGCUCCCUCUGCCCACUCUGCUGCCUCUGCUCCCUCUGCCCACUCCGCUGCCUCUGCUCCCUCUGCCCACUCCGCUGCCUCUGCUCCCUCUGCCCACUCUGCUGCCUCUGCUCCCUCUGCCCACUCUGCUGCCUCUGCUCCCUCUGCCCACUCCGCUGCCUCUGCUCCCUCUGCCCACUCCGCUGCCUCUGCUCCCUCUGCCCACUCUGCUGCCUCUGCUCCCUCUGCCCACUCUGCUGCCUCUGCUCCCUCUGCCCACUCUGCUGCCUCUGCUCCCUCUGCCCACUCUGCUGCCUCUGCUCCCUCUGCCCACUCCGCUGCCUCUGCUCCCUCUGCCCACUCCGCUGCCUCUGCUCCCUCUGCCCACUCCGCUGCCUCUGCUCCCUCUGCCCACUCUGCUGCCUCUGCUCCCUCUGCCCACUCCGCUGCCUCUGCUCCCUCUGCCCACUCCGCUGCCUCUGCUCCCUCUGCCCACUCUGCUGCCUCUGCUCCCUCUGCCCACUCUGCUGCCUCUGCUCCCUCUGCCCACUCCGCUGCCUCUGCUCCCUCUGCCCACUCCGCUGCCUCUGCUCCCUCUGCCCACUCCGCUGCCUCUGCUCCCUCUGCCCACUCUGCUGCCUCUGCUCCCUCUGCCCACUCCGCUGCCUCUGCUCCCUCUGCCCACUCUGCUGCCUCUGCUCCCUCUGCCCACUCCGCUGCCUCUGCUCCCUCUGCCCACUCUGCUGCCUCUGCUCCCUCUGCCCACUCCGCUGCCUCUGCUCCCUCUGCCCACUCUGCUGCCUCUGCUCCCUCUGCCCACUCCGCUGCCUCUGCUCCCUCUGCCCACUCUGCUGCCUCUGCUCCCUCUGCCCACUCCGCUGCCUCUGCUCCCUCUGCCCACUCCGCUGCCUCUGCUCCCUCUGCCCACUCUGCUGCCUCUGCUCCCUCUGCCCACUCUGCUGCCUCUGCUCCCUCUGCCCACUCUGCUGCCUCUGCUCCCUCUGCCCACUCCGCUGCCUCUGCUCCCUCUGCCCACUCUGCUGCCUCUGCUCCCUCUGCCCACUCUGCUGCCUCUGCUCCCUCUGCCCACUCUGCUGCCUCUGCUCCCUCUGCCCACUCUGCUGCCUCUGCUCCCUCUGCCCACUCUGCUGCCUCUGCUCCCUCUGCCCACUCUGCUGCCUCUGCUCCCUCUGCCCACUCUGCUGCCUCUGCUCCCUCUGCCCACUCCGCUGCCUCUGCUCCCUCUGCCCACUCUGCUGCCUCUGCUCCCUCUGCCCACUCCGCUGCCUCUGCUCCCUCUGCCCACUCUGCUGCCUCUGCUCCCUCUGCCCACUCCGCUGCCUCUGCUCCCUCUGCCCACUCUGCUGCCUCUGCUCCCUCUGCCCACUCCGCUGCCUCUGCUCCCUCUGCCCACUCUGCUGCCUCUGCUCCCUCUGCCCACUCCGCUGCCUCUGCUCCCUCUGCCCACUCCGCUGCCUCUGCUCCCUCUGCCCACUCUGCUGCCUCUGCUCCCUCUGCCCACUCCGCUGCCUCUGCUCCCUCUGCCCACUCUGCUGCCUCUGCUCCCUCUGCCCACUCCGCUGCCUCUGCUCCCUCUGCCCACUCUGCUGCCUCUGCUCCCUCUGCCCACUCCGCUGCCUCUGCUCCCUCUGCCCACUCUGCUGCCUCUGCUCCCUCUGCCCACUCCGCUGCCUCUGCUCCCUCUGCCCACUCUGCUGCCUCUGCUCCCUCUGCCCACUCCGCUGCCUCUGCUCCCUCUGCCCACUCUGCUGCCUCUGCUCCCUCUGCUCACUCCGCUGCCUCUGCUCCCUCUGCCCACUCUGCUGCCUCUGCUCCCUCUGCCCACUCCGCUGCCUCUGCUCCCUCUGCCCACUCUGCUGCCUCUGCUCCCUCUGCCCACUCUGCUGCCUCUGCUCCCUCUGCCCACUCCGCUGCCUCUGCUCCCUCUGCCCACUCUGCUGCCUCUGCUCCCUCUGCCCACUCUGCUGCCUCUGCUCCCUCUGCCCACUCUGCUGCCUCUGCUCCCUCUGCCCACUCCGCUGCCUCUGCUCCCUCUGCCCACUCUGCUGCCUCUGCUCCCUCUGCCCACUCCGCUGCCUCUGCUCCCUCUGCCCACUCCGCUGCCUCUGCUCCCUCUGCCCACUCCGCUGCCUCUGCUCCCUCUGCCCACUCUGCUCCCUCUGCCCACUCCGCUGCCUCUGCUCCCUCUGCCCACUCUGCUGCCUCUGCUCCCUCUGCCCACUCCGCUGCCUCUGCUCCCUCUGCCCACUCUGCUGCCUCUGCUCCCUCUGCCCACUCCGCUGCCUCUGCUCCCUCUGCCCACUCUGCUGCCUCUGCUCCCUCUGCCCACUCCGCUGCCUCUGCUCCCUCUGCCCACUCUGCUGCCUCUGCUCCCUCUGCCCACUCCGCUGCCUCUGCUCCCUCUGCCCACUCCGCUGCCUCUGCUCCCUCUGCCCACUCUGCUGCCUCUGCUCCCUCUGCCCACUCCGCUGCCUCUGCUCCCUCUGCCCACUCUGCUGCCUCUGCUCCCUCUGCCCACUCUGCUGCCUCUGCUCCCUCUGCCCACUCCGCUGCCUCUGCUCCCUCUGCCCACUCCGCUGCCUCUGCUCCCUCUGCCCACUCUGCUGCCUCUGCUCCCUCUGCCCACUCCGCUGCCUCUGCUCCCUCUGCCCACUCCGCUGCCUCUGCUCCCUCUGCCCACUCUGCUGCCUCUGCUCCCUCUGCCCACUCCGCUGCCUCUGCUCCCUCUGCCCACUCUGCUGCCUCUGCUGCCUCUGCUGCCUCUGCUGCCUCUGCUGCCUCUGCUGCCUCUGCUCCCUCUGCCCACUCCGCUGCCUCUUCUCCCUCUGCCCACUCCGCUGCCUCUGCUCCCUCUGCCCACUCUGCUGCCUCUGCUCCCUCUGCCCACUCUGCUGCCUCUGCUCCCUCUGCCCACUCCGCUGCCUCUGCUCCCUCUGCCCACUCUGCUGCCUCUGCUCCCUCUGCCCACUCCGCUGCCUCUGCUCCCUCUGCCCACUCUGCUGCCUCUGCUCCCUCUGCCCACUCCGCUGCCUCUGCUCCCUCUGCCUACUCUGCUGCCUCUGCUCCCUCUGCCCACUCCGCUGCCUCUGCUCCCUCUGCCCACUCUGCUGCCUCUGCUCCCUCUGCCCACUCCGCUGCCUCUGCUCCCUCUGCCCACUCUGCUGCCUCUGCUCCCUCUGCCCACUCUGCUGCCUCUGCUCCCUCUGCCCACUCUGCUGCCUCUGCUCCCUAUGCCCACUCCGCUGCCUCUGCUCCCUCUGCCCACUCUGCUGCCUCUGCUCCCUCUGCCCACUCCGCUGCCUCUGCUCCCUCUGCCCACUCUGCUGCCUCUGCUCCCUCUGCCCACUCCUCUGCCUCUGCUCCCUCUGCCCACUCUGCUGCCUCUGCUCCCUCUGCCCACUCCGCUGCCUCUGCUCCCUCUGCCCACUCUGCUGCCUCUGCUCCCUCUGCCCACUCCGCUGCCUCUGCUCCCUCUGCCCACUCCGCUGCCUCUGCUCCCUCUGCCCACUCUGCUCCCUCUACCCACUCUGCUGCCUCUGCUCCCUCUGCCCACUCUGCUGCCUCUGCUCCCUCUGCCCACUCCGCUGCCUCUGCUCCCUCUGCCCACUCUGCUGCCUCUGCUCCCUCUGCCCACUCCGCUGCCUCUGCUCCCUCUGCCCACUCUGCUGCCUCUGCUCCCUCUGCCCACUCCGCUGCCUCUGCUCCCUCUGCCCACUCUGCUGCCUCUGCUCCCUCUGCCCACUCCGCUGCCUCUGCUCCCUCUGCCCACUCUGCUGCCUCUGCUCCCUCUGCCCACUCCGCUGCCUCUGCUCCCUCUGCCCACUCUGCUGCCUCUGCUCCCUCUGCCCACUCCGCUGCCUCUGCUCCCUCUGCCCACUCUGCUGCCUCUGCUCCCUCUGCCCACUCCGCUGCCUCUGCUCCCUCUGCCCACUCUGCUGCCUCUGCUCCCUCUGCCCACUCCGCUGCCUCUGCUCCCUCUGCCCACUCCGCUGCCUCUGCUCCCUCUGCCCACUCCGCUCCCUCUGCUCCCUCUGCCCACUCCGCUGCCUCUGCUCCCUCUGCCCACUCCGCUGCCUCUGCUCCCUCUGCCCACUCCGCUGCCUCUGCUCCCUCUGCCCACUCUGCUGCCUCUGCUCCCUCUGCCCACUCCGCUGCCUCUGCUCCCUCUGCCCACUCCGCUGCCUCUGCUCCCUCUGCCCACUCUGCUGCCUCUGCUCCCUCUGCCCACUCUGCUGCCUCUGCUCCCUCUGCCCACUCUGCUGCCUCUGCUCCCUCUGCCCACUCCGCUGCCUCUGCUCCCUCUGCCCACUCUGCUGCCUCUGCUCCCUCUGCCCACUCCGCUGCCUCUGCUCCCUCUGCCCAAUCUGCUGCCUCUGCUCCCUCUGCCCACUCUGCUGCCUCUGCUCCCUCUGCCCACUCCGCUGCCUCUGCUCCCUCUGCCCACUCCGCUGCCUCUGCUCCCUCUGCCCACUCUGCUGCCUCUGCUCCCUCUGCCCACUCUGCUGCCUCUGCUCCCUCUGCCCACUCCGCUGCCUCUGCUCCCUCUGCCCACUCUGCUGCCUCUGCUCCCUCUGCCGACUCCGCUGCCUCUGCUCCCUCUGCCCACUCUGCUGCCUCUGCUCCCUCUGCCCACUCCGCUGCCUCUGCUCCCUCUGCCCACUCUGCUGCCUCUGCUCCCUCUGCCCACUCCGCUGCCUCUGCUCCCUCUGCCCACUCCGCUGCCUCUGCUCCCUCUGCCCACUCUGCUGCCUCUGCUCCCUCUGCCCACUCCGCUGCCUCUGCUCCCUCUGCCCACUCCGCUGCCUCUGCUCCCUCUGCCCACUCUGCUGCCUCUGCUCCCUCUGCCCACUCCGCUGCCUCUGCUCCCUCUGCCCACUCUGCUGCCUCUGCUCCCUCUGCCCACUCCGCUGCCUCUGCUCCCUCUGCCCACUCUGCUGCCUCUGCUCCCUCUGCCCACUCCGCUGCCUCUGCUCCCUCUGCCCACUCUGCUGCCUCUGCUCCCUCUGCCCACUCCGCUGCCUCUGCUCCCUCUGCCCACUCUGCUGCCUCUGCUCCCUCUGCCCACUCUGCUGCCUCUGCUCCCUCUGCCCACUCCGCUGCCUCUGCUCCCUCUGCCCACUCUGCUGCCUCUGCUCCCUCUGCCCACUCUGCUGCCUCUGCUCCCUCUGCCCACUCUGCUGCCUCUGCUCCCUCUGCCCACUCCGCUGCCUCUGCUCCCUCUGCCCACUCUGCUGCCUCUGCUCCCUCUGCCCACUCCGCUGCCUCUGCUCCCUCUGCCCACUCCGCUGCCUCUGCUCCCUCUGCCCACUCCGCUGCCUCUGCUCCCUCUGCCCACUCUGCUCCCUCUGCCCACUCCGCUGCCUCUGCUCCCUCUGCCCACUCUGCUGCCUCUGCUCCCUCUGCCCACUCCGCUGCCUCUGCUCCCUCUGCCCACUCUGCUGCCUCUGCUCCCUCUGCCCACUCCGCUGCCUCUGCUCCCUCUGCCCACUCUGCUGCCUCUGCUCCCUCUGCCCACUCCGCUGCCUCUGCUCCCUCUGCCCACUCCGCUGCCUCUGCUCCCUCUGCCCACUCUGCUGCCUCUGCUCCCUCUGCCCACUCCGCUGCCUCUGCUCCCUCUGCCCACUCUGCUGCCUCUGCUCCCUCUGCCCACUCUGCUGCCUCUGCUCCCUCUGCCCACUCCGCUGCCUCUGCUCCCUCUGCCCACUCCGCUGCCUCUGCUCCCUCUGCCCACUCUGCUGCCUCUGCUCCCUCUGCCCACUCCGCUGCCUCUGCUCCCUCUGCCCACUCCGCUGCCUCUGCUCCCUCUGCCCACUCUGCUGCCUCUGCUCCCUCUGCCCACUCCGCUGCCUCUGCUCCCUCUGCCCACUCCGCUGCCUCUGCUCCCUCUGCCCACUCUGCUGCCUCUGCUCCCUCUGCCCACUCCGCUGCCUCUGCUCCCUCUGCCCACUCUGCUGCCUCUGCUCCCUCUGCCCACUCCGCUGCCUCUGCUCCCUCUGCCCACUCUGCUGCCUCUGCUCCCUCUGCCCACUCCGCUGCCUCUGCUCCCUCUGCCCACUCUGCUGCCUCUGCUCCCUCUGCCCACUCCGCUGCCUCUGCUCCCUCUGCUGCCUCUGCUGCCUCUGCUCCCUCUGCCCACUCCGCUGCCUCUGCUCCCUCUGCCCACUCCGCUGCCUCUGCUCCCUCUGCCCACUCUGCUGCCUCUGCUCCCUCUGCCCACUCUGCUGCCUCUGCUCCCUCUGCCCACUCCGCUGCCUCUGCUCCCUCUGCCCACUCUGCUGCCUCUGCUCCCUCUGCCCACUCCGCUGCCUCUGCUCCCUCUGCCCACUCUGCUGCCUCUGCUCCCUCUGCCCACUCCGCUGCCUCUGCUCCCUCUGCCCACUCUGCUGCCUCUGCUCCCUCUGCCCACUCCGCUGCCUCUGCUCCCUCUGCCCACUCUGCUGCCUCUGCUGCCUCUGCUGCCUCUGCUGCCUCUGCUGCCUCUGCUGCCUCUGCUGCCUCUGAUGCCUCUGCUCCCUUUGCCCACUCCGCUGCCUCUGCUCCCUCUGCCCACUCUGCUGCCUCUGCUCCCUCUGCCCACUCCGCUGCCUCUGCUCCCUCUGCCCACUCUGCUGCCUCUGCUCCCUCUGCCCACUCCGCUGCCUCUGCUCCCUCUGCCCACUCUGCUGCCUCUGCUCCCUCUGCCCACUCCGCUGCCUCUGCUCCCUCUGCCCACUCCGCUGCCUCUGCUCCCUCUGCCCACUCCGCUCCCUCUGCUCCCUCUGCCCACUCCGCUGCCUCUGCUCCCUCUGCCCACUCUGCUGCCUCUGCUCCCUCUGCCCACUCCGCUGCCUCUGCUCCCUCUGCCCACUCCGCUGCCUCUGCUCCCUCUGCCCACUCCGCUGCCUCUGCUCCCUCUGCCCACUCUGCUGCCUCUGCUCCCUCUGCCCACUCUGCUGCCUCUGCUCCCUCUGCCCACUCCGCUGCCUCUGCUCCCUCUGCCCACUCCGCUGCCUCUGCUCCCUCUGCCCACUCUGCUGCCUCUGCUCCCUCUGCCCACUCCGCUGCCUCUGCUCCCUCUGCCCACUCUGCUGCCUCUGCUCCCUCUGCCCACUCCGCUGCCUCUGCUCCCUCUGCCCACUCUGCUGCCUCUGCUCCCUCUGCCCACUCUGCUGCCUCUGCUCCCUCUGCCCACUCCGCUGCCUCUGCUCCCUCUGCCCACUCCGCUGCCUCUGCUCCCUCUGCCCACUCUGCUGCCUCUGCUCCCUCUGCCCACUCCGCUGCCUCUGCUCCCUCUGCCCACUCCGCUGCCUCUGCUCCCUCUGCCCACUCUGCUGCCUCUGCUCCCUCUGCCCACUCCGCUGCCUCUGCUCCCUCUGCCCACUCCGCUGCCUCUGCUCCCUCUGCCCACUCCGCUGCCUCUGCUCCCUCUGCCCACUCUGCUGCCUCUGCUCCCUCUGCCCACUCCGCUGCCUCUGCUCCCUCUGCCCACUCCGCUGCCUCUGCUCCCUCUGCCCACUCUGCUGCCUCUGCUCCCUCUGCCCACUCUGCUGCCUCUGCUCCCUCUGCCCACUCUGCUGCCUCUGCUCCCUCUGCCCACUCCGCUGCCUCUGCUCCCUCUGCCCACUCUGCUGCCUCUGCUCCCUCUGCCCACUCCGCUGCCUCUGCUCCCUCUGCCCACUCUGCUGCCUCUGCUGCCUCUGCUGCCUCUGCUGCCUCUGCUGCCUCUGCUGCCUCUGCUGCCUCUGCUGCCUCUGCUGCCUCUGCUGCCUCUGCUGCCUCUGCUGCCUCUGCUCCCUUUGCCCACUCCGCUGCCUCUGCUCCCUCUGCCCACUCUGCUGCCUCUGCUCCCUCUGCCCACUCCGCUGCCUCUGCUCCCUCUGCCCACUCUGCUGCCUCUGCUCCCUCUGCCCACUCUGCUGCCUCUGCUCCCUCUGCCCACUCUGCUGCCUCUGCUCCCUAUGCCCACUCCGCUGCCUGUGCUCCCUCUGCCCACUCUGCUGCCUCUGCUCCCUCUGCCCACUCCGCUGCCUCUGCUCCCUCUGCCCACUCUGCUGCCUCUGCUCCCUCUGCCCACUCCGCUGCCUCUGCUCCCUCUGCCCACUCUGCUGCCUCUGCUCCCUCUGCCCACUCCGCUGCCUCUGCUCCCUCUGCCCACUCUGCUGCCUCUGCUCCCUCUGCCCACUCCGCUGCCUCUGCUCCCUCUGCCCACUCCGCUGCCUCUGCUCCCUCUGCCCACUCUGCUCCCUCUGCCCACUCUGCUGCCUCUGCUCCCUCUGCCCACUCUGCUGCCUCUGCUCCCUCUGCCCACUCUGCUGCCUCUGCUCCCUCUGCCCACUCUGCUGCCUCUGCUCCCUCUGCCCACUCCGCUGCCUCUGCUCCCUCUGCCCACUCCGCUGCCUCUGCUCCCUCUGCCCACUCCGCUGCCUCUGCUCCCUCUGCCCACUCUGCUGCCUCUGCUCCCUCUGCCCACUCUGCUGCCUCUGCUCCCUCUGCCCACUCCGCUGCCUCUGCUCCCUCUGCCCACUCCGCUGCCUCUGCUCCCUCUGCCCACUCUGCUGCCUCUGCUCCCUCUGCCCACUCCGCUGCCUCUGCUCCCUCUGCCCACUCUGCUGCCUCUGCUCCCUCUGCCCACUCCGCUGCCUCUGCUCCCUCUGCCCACUCCGCUGCCUCUGCUCCCUCUGCCCACUCUGCUGCCUCUGCUCCCUCUGCCCACUCCGCUGCCUCUGCUCCCUCUGCCCACUCUGCUGCCUCUGCUCCCUCUGCCCACUCUGCUGCCUCUGCUCCCUCUGCCCACUCCGCUGCCUCUGCUCCCUCUGCCCACUCCGCUGCCUCUGCUCCCUCUGCCCACUCUGCUGCCUCUGCUCCCUCUGCCCACUCCGCUGCCUCUGCUCCCUCUGCCCACUCCGCUGCCUCUGCUCCCUCUGCCCACUCUGCUGCCUCUGCUCCCUCUGCCCACUCUGCUGCCUCUGCUCCCUCUGCCCACUCUGCUGCCUCUGCUCCCUCUGCCCACUCCGCUGCCUCUGCUCCCUCUGCCCACUCUGCUGCCUCUGCUCCCUCUGCCCACUCCGCUGCCUCUGCUCCCUCUGCCCACUCUGCUGCCUCUGCUCCCUCUGCCCACUCUGCUGCCUCUGCUCCCUCUGCCCACUCCGCUGCCUCUGCUCCCUCUGCCCACUCUGCUGCCUCUGCUCCCUCUGCCCACUCCGCUGCCUCUGCUCCCUCUGCCCACUCCGCUGCCUCUACUCCCUCUGCCCACUCUGCUCCCUCUGCCCACUCCGCUGCCUCUGCUCCCUCUGCCCACUCUGCUGCCUCUGCUCCCUCUGCCCACUCUGCUGCCUCUGCUCCCUCUGCCCACUCUGCUGCCUCUGCUCCCUCUGCCCACUCUGCUGCCUCUGCUCCCUCUGCCCACUCCGCUGCCUCUGCUCCCUCUGCCCACUCUGCUGCCUCUGCUCCCUCUGCCCACUCUGCUGCCUCUGCUCCCUCUGCCCACUCCGCUGCCUCUGCUCCCUCUGCCCACUCUGCUGCCUCUGCUCCCUCUGCCCACUCCGCUGCCUCUGCUCCCUCUGCCCACUCUGCUGCCUCUGCUCCCUCUGCCCACUCCGCUGCCUCUGCUCCCUCUGCCCACUCCGCUGCCUCUGCUCCCUCUGCCCACUCCGCUGCCUCUGCUCCCUCUGCCCACUCUGCUCCCUCUGCCCACUCCGCUGCCUCUGCUCCCUCUGCCCACUCUGCUGCCUCUGCUCCCUCUGCCCACUCCGCUGCCUCUGCUCCCUCUGCCCACUCUGCUGCCUCUGCUCCCUCUGCCCACUCUGCUGCCUCUGCUCCCUCUGCCCACUCCGCUGCCUCUGCUCCCUCUGCCCACUCUGCUGCCUCUGCUCCCUCUGCCCACUCCGCUGCCUCUGCUCCCUCUGCCCACUCCGCUGCCUCUGCUCCCUCUGCCCACUCUGCUCCCUCUGCCCACUCUGCUGCCUCUGCUCCCUCUGCCCACUCUGCUGCCUCUGCUCCCUCUGCCCACUCUGCUGCCUCUGCUCCCUCUGUCCACUCUGCUGCCUCUGCUCCCUCUGCCCACUCCGCUGCCUCUGCUCCCUCUGCCCACUCCGCUGCCUCUGCUCCCUCUGCCCACUCCGCUGCCUCUGCUCCCUCUGCCCACUCUGCUGCCUCUGCUCCCUCUGCCCACUCUGCUGCCUCUGCUCCCUCUGCCCACUCCGCUGCCUCUGCUCCCUCUGCCCACUCUGCUGCCUCUGCUCCCUCUGCCCACUCCGCUGCCUCUGCUCCCUCUGCCCACUCUGCUGCCUCUGCUCCCUCUGCCCACUCCGCUGCCUCUGCUCCCUCUGCCCACUCUGCUGCCUCUGCUCCCUCUGCCCACUCCGCUGCCUCUGCUCCCUCUGCCCACUCUGCUGCCUCUGCUGCCUCUGCUGCCUCUGCUGCCUCUGCUGCCUCUGCUGCCUCUGCUGCCUCUGCUGCCUCUGCUCCCUUUGCCCACUCUGCUGCCUCUGCUCCCUCUGCCCACUCUGCUGCCUCUGCUCCCUCUGCCCACUCCGCUGCCUCUGCUCCCUCUGCCCACUCUGCUGCCUCUGCUCCCUCUGCCCACUCCGCUGCCUCUGCUCCCUCUGCCCACUCUGCUGCCUCUGCUCCCUCUGCCCACUCCGCUGCCUCUGCUCCCUCUGCCCACUCCGCUGCCUCUGCUCCCUCUGCCCACUCCGCUCCCUCUGCUCCCUCUGCCCACUCCGCUGCCUCUGCUCCCUCUGCCCACUCUGCUGCCUCUGCUCCCUCUGCCCACUCCGCUGCCUCUGCUCCCUCUGCCCACUCCGCUGCCUCUGCUCCCUCUGCCCACUCCGCUGCCUCUGCUCCUCUGCCCACUCCGCUGCCUCUGCUCCCUCUGCCCACUCCGCUGCCUCUGCUCCCUCUGCCCACUCCGCUGCCUCUGCUCCCUCUGCCCACUCCGCUGCCUCUGCUCCCUCUGCCCACUCCGCUGCCUCUGCUCCCUCUGCCCACUCUGCUGCCUCUGCUCCCUCUGCCCACUCCGCUGCCUCUGCUCCCUCUGCCCACUCUGCUGCCUCUGCUGCCUCUGCUGCCUCUGCUGCCUCUGCUGCCUCUGCUGCCUCUGCUCCCUCUGCCCACUCCGCUGCCUCUGCUCCCUCUGCCCACUCUGCUGCCUCUGCUCCCUCUGCCCACUCCGCUGCCUCUGCUCCCUCUGCCCACUCUGCUGCCUCUGCUCCCUCUGCCCACUCCGCUGCCUCUGCUCCCUCUGCCCACUCUGCUGCCUCUGCUCCCUCUGCCCACUCCGCUGCCUCUGCUCCCUCUGCCCACUCCGCUGCCUCUGCUCCCUCUGCCCACUCCGCUCCCUCUGCUCCCUCUGCCCACUCCGCUGCCUCUGCUCCCUCUGCCCACUCCGCUGCCUCUGCUCCCUCUGCCCACUCCGCUGCCUCUGCUCCCUCUGCCCACUCCGCUGCCUCUGCUCCCUCUGCCCACUCCGCUGCCUCUGCUCCCUCUGCCCACUCCGCUGCCUCUGCUCCCUCUGCCCACUCCGCUGCCUCUGCUCCCUCUGCCCACUCCGCUGCCUCUGCUCCCUCUGCCCACUCCGCUGCCUCUGCUCCCUCUGCCCACUCCGCUGCCUCUGCUCCCUCUGCCCACUCCGCUGCCUCUGCUCCCUCUGCCCACUCCGCUGCCUCUGCUCCCUCUGCCCACUCCGCUGCCUCUGCUCCCUCUGCCCACUCCGCUGCCUCUGCUCCCUCUGCCCACUCCGCUGCCUCUGCUCCCUCUGCCCACUCCGCUCCCUCCGUGCAGCUUCUCCUCAUUUCCCUCCUUUCCGCCCCUGCAUCCCCUCCUUUCCGCCCCUGCAUCCCCUCCUUUCCGCCCCUGCAUCCCCUCCUUUCCGCCCCUGCAUCCCCUCCUUUCCGCCCCUGCAUCCCCUCCUUUCCGCCCCUGCAUCCCCUCCUUUCCGCCCCUGCAUCCCCUCCUUUCCGCCCCUGCAUCCCCUCCUUUCCGCCCCUGCAUCCCCUCCUUUCCGCCCCUGCAUCCCCUCCUUUCCGCCCCUGCAUCCCCUCCUUUCCGCCCCUGCAUCCCCUCCUUUCCGCCCCUGCAUCCCCUCCUUUCCGCCCCUGCAUCCCCUCCUUUCCGCCCCUGCAUCCCCUCCUUUCCGCCCCUGCAUCCCCUCCUUUCCGCCCCUGCAUCCCCUCCUUUCCGCCCCUGCAUCCCCUCCUUUCCGCCCCUGCAUCCCCUCCUUUCCGCCCCUGCAUCCCCUCCUUUCCGCCCCUGCAUCCCCUCCUUUCCGCCCCUGCAUCCCCUCCUUUCCGCCCCUGCAUCCCCUCCUUUCCGCCCCUGCAUCCCCUCCUUUCCGCCCCUGCAUCCCCUCCUUUCCGCCCCUGCAUCCCCUCCUUUCCCUCCCUGCAUCCCCUCCUGUUCCCCUCCCACAGCAUCCCCUCAUUUCCCCCCCUGCAUUCCCUCCUUUCCCUCCCUGACUCCCCCCCUCUGCUGGCCCCUUUUCCUCUCCAUCCCCUCUCCUACCUUCACUCUCCUUCCGUGCCCAAUCUCAUCCCUCACUCGUCCAUUUUCCUCCCUUCCCUCUCCUCCCCCGUCCAAUCUCCUCCCUUCCCUCUCCUCCUCGUCAAUUCUCUUCUUCUAG